AACGCCGCGGCAUUUCGCGGCAAAAUUUGAACUGCCCCUCCUUCCUCCUGCUCCUCCCAUGGCGGCGCCUCCACCACUCGCCUCCGUUUCCAGCCACUUCUGUGCCCCGCCUCCGUGGCCUCCUCCUCUCAAGAGCGGCGGCCGAAGAACAAGGGUUAGGUGCGGCGUCCUCGCGCCGUCCGGUCAUGUCAUGGAGGCGGCUGCUGCUACUGCAAAUCGGGCCCCGAGAGCCGAUGUGAACGUGCGGAUUGAGAGGUCCUGUCGGGCGGGCGAUUUGGCGGAGGCGUUGAGGUUGCUCGGCUCGGAUGGGGUCGACGCCCGGAGCUACGGCGCGGUCCUCCAGCUCUGCUCGGAGCUGAGGUCUUUGGAGGCCGGGAAGAGAGCGCAUUUCCUGGUUCGUGCAUCCGGUGUUGGAGAAGAUGGGAUGGGCAGUGUUCUCGGACAGAAAUUGGUGCUGAUGUAUGUGAAAUGCGGGGAUCUGGGGAAUGCAAGAAAGGUGUUCGAUGAAAUGCCUCAAGUGAGCGAUGUGCGGGUUUGGACUUCGCUGAUGAGUGGUUACGCGAAAGCUGGUGAGUUCCAAGACGGCGUUUCACUCUUUAGGCAGAUGCACUGUUCUGGAGUUAGGCCGGAUGCACAUGCUAUUUCGUGUGUCUUAAAGUGCAUGGCUAGUUUGGGCAGUAUUUCGGAUGGCGAGGUAGUUCAUGCGUACCUUGAGAAGUUGGGUUUGGGGAUUCAAUGUGCAGUUGGAAAUGCGCUGAUAGCACUGUACUCUAGGUGUGGCCACUUGGAGGGUGCACUACAGGUGUUUGAUGGGAUGCCUCACCGGGAUGUCAUUUCUUGGAAUUCUGUGAUUAGUGGGUGCUUUUCGAACGGAUGGCAUGGUAAGUCUAUUGAGCUUUUCGGUAAAAUGUGGUCUGAAGGCCUGGAGAUCAAUCCAGUGGCGAUGCUUGGUGUUUUGCCUGCUUGUGCUGAAUUAGGAUAUGAUCUUGUUGGAAAGGUGAUUCAUGGAUAUUCUGUUAAAACCGGAUUACUUUGGGAGUUUGAAUCUUUGGAGAACGGAAUAGAUGAAAAUCUGGGAUCCAAACUGGUGUUCAUGUAUGUUAAAUGUGGUGAAUUGGGUUAUGCAAGGAAGGUCUUCGAUGCAAUGUCAUCGAAAAACAAUCUACAUGCAUGGAAUCUAAUGAUGGGUGGGUAUGCAAAGCUUGGUAGAUUUCAAGAAAGCCUCUCUCUCUUUGAGAAAAUGCAUGACUGUGGAAUUACUCCUGAUGGACACACCAUUUCUUGCCUUCUAAAGUGCAUCACUGGUCUGUCUAGUGUUAUGGAUGGUUUGGUGGUUCAUGGGUAUCUUGUGAAGUAUGGUUUUGGGGCGCAGUGUGCAGUUUGCAAUGCACUGAUAUCGUUCUAUGCAAAAUCCAACAGGAUUGAAGACGCACUCGUGGUGUUUGAUGAAAUGCCCCGUCGUGACAUCAUUUCUUGGAAUUCUAUAAUUGGUGGGUGUGCUUCCAAUGGAUUAUCCCAUAAAGCUAUUGAGUUGUUUGUAAGAAUGUGGUUAGAAGGCCAGGAAUUGGACUCUACUACACUGCUAAGUGUUUUGCCGGCUUGUGCACAGUCACACUAUUCAUUUAUAGGAAGAGUGGUUCAUGGGUAUUCUGUGAAAACUGGAUUGAUCAGUGAGACAUCUCUUGGUAAUGCUCUUCUUGAUAUGUAUUCAAAUUGCUCAGAUUGGCGUAGCACUAAUAAGAUAUUCAGGAACAUGGAACAGAAAACUGUGGUGUCAUGGACAGCAAUGAUCACAAGUUAUAUCAGGGCUGGGCAUUUUGACAAAGUGGCUGGACUAUUUCAGGAAAUGGGAUUAGAAGGUAUCAGACCAGAUGUCUUUGCAAUCACCAGUGCUCUUGAUGCAUUUGCAGGCAAUGAAUCACUGAAACAUGGCAAAUCAGUCCAUGGAUAUGCCAUCAGAAAUGGAAUGGAGGAAGUUCUUCCUGUUGCUAAUGCGCUGAUGGAAAUGUAUGUGAAAUGUGGGUAUAUGGAAGAGGCAAGGUUUAUUUUUGAUCAUGUCACAAACAAGGAUACAAUCUCAUGGAAUACACUUAUAGGAGGUUACUCCAGGAACAAUCUUGCCAAUGAAGCCUUCACUUUGUUCAGAGAAAUGCUACUCCAACUCAGCCCUAAUGCAGUAACAAUGGCUUGCAUCCUUCCAGCUGCAUCAAGCCUUUCGUCACUUGAGCGAGGCAGGGAGAUGCACGCCUAUGCAGUACGAAGAGGGUACUUGGAAGAUAAGUUUGUAGCCAAUACACUCGUGGACAUGUAUGUCAAGUGUGGUGCAUUACUGCUAGCACGGCGUUUGUUCGACAAGUUGACCAACAAGAACCUCAUCUCAUGGACUAUCAUGAUAGCUGGAUAUGGUAUGCAUGGUCGUGGCAGAGAUGCAAUUGCCCUCUUUGAGCAGAUGAAAGGAAAUGGCAUCCAGCCUGAUGCCGGCUCUUUCAGUGCCAUUCUUUAUGCCUGCAGCCAUUCAGGCCUCAGAGAUGAGGGAUGGCGAUUCUUCAAUGCGAUGCGGAAUGAACACAGAAUAGAGCCUAAACUGAAGCACUACACCUGCAUGGUUGAUCUACUAAGCAAUACCGGGAACCUGAAGGAAGCUUAUGAGUUCAUAGAGUCAAUGCCGAUUGAACCAGAUUCAAGCAUCUGGGUCUCGUUGCUUCAUGGGUGUCGAACCCACAGGGAUGUGAAGCUUGCAGAGGAGGUAGCGGAGAGGGUCUUUGAGCUAGAACCUGACAACACAGGGUACUAUGUUCUUCUUGCCAACAUAUAUGCUGAGGCAGAGAGAUGGGAGGCUGUCAGGAGGCUCAAGAACAAGGUUGGUGGCCGGGGGCUCCGUGAGAACACUGGCUGCAGCUGGAUUGAGGCGAGGGGCAAGGCCCAUGUCUUCUUCCCGGACAGCCGGAAUCACCCACAGGGGACGAGGAUUGCAGAGCUUCUGGAUGAAGUUGCCAGGAGGAUGCAGGAAGAAGGCCAUGAUCCUAGGAAGAAAUAUGCUCUGAUGGGCGCUGACGAUGCUGUCCAUGAUGAGGCGCUCUGCGGCCACAGCUCGAAGCUCGCCGUCGCAUUUGGCGUGCUGAAUCUGUCGCAGGGCCGGCCAAUCCGUGUGACGAAGAACUCGAGGGUCUGCAGCCAUUGCCAUGAGGCUGCCAAGUUCAUCUCCAAGAUGUGUGGUAGAGAGAUUAUUCUGAGGGAUUCAAAUAGGUUUCACCAUUUUGAAGAAGGUAGGUGUUCUUGCAGAGGUUAUUGGUGAGGAAACCAUCGCUCGUGUAAGAGCUGUUCAUUACCCAGGUGU